ACCGUAGAGUGUCAGUGGGGGGGAGUGGCGGUGGAAUUUUCCAUCCUGACAGGAGAGGCGCCGACUCAGACCGGCGAAAGAACGUUAGCUAGACAGAGCUGUACCGAGCUACGAGAGAACAACCGAACGAGGAGAGAACCGGAACCCGAACACACUCCACCAGCCCGCUCUGCCCUCACCUAGGCCUCCCCGGCUCUCCCUCAGACAGUCCCCCCAGGACGGGCGGUGCGGUGUGCGGGCGGUUCGGACGGGCUCUCCUGGCCGGCUGUUUCCCUCGUCCUCCGCUCAUGGCCAAUUACAUCCAUCUUCCCCCGGGCUCCCCCGAGGUGCCCCGCCUGGAUGUCACCGUGCUGGAGGAGACCGGCUACCGAGAGGGGGCCAUGGUACUGCUCAAGGAUCUGCGACCGCAAUGGAGGCCCGAGGACGUCACCACACAGGUGUUUACUGAUGGCAUAACCAACAAACUAAUCGGUUGCUAUGUUGGCAAUACAAUGGACGAUGUAGUACUGGUGAGGAUCUAUGGGAAUAAAACAGAGCUGCUUGUGGACCGUGAUGAGGAGCUGAAGAGCUUUCGGGUCCUGCAGUCUCACGGUUGUGCUCCCCGACUGUACUGCACCUUUAACAACGGACUCUGCUAUGAGUUCAUGGAGGGAGCUGCCUUGGACCCAGAACAUGUCUGUAAUCCUAGCAUUUUCAGACUCAUAGCCCGGCAGCUCGCUAAGAUCCAUGCCAUCCAUGCACAUAAUGGCUGGAUUCCAAAAUCCAACUUGUGGUUUAAAAUGAGGAAGUACUUUGCUCUUAUCCCAACUGAAUUUGAAGACUCCAUCAUUAAUGAAAGGUUUGUUCGUGAUGUACCAAGCCGGCAGGUCCUGCAGCAGGAAAUGGCAUGGAUGAAAGAUGUGCUGUCUAGUUUGGGUUCUCCGGUGGUUCUGUGUCACAAUGACCUGCUGUGCAAGAACAUAAUCUACAAUGAAAAGAGAGGUGACGUACAGUUCAUUGACUAUGAGUAUGCUGGAUACAAUUACCAGGCCUACGAUAUUGGCAAUCACUUCAAUGAGUUUGCAGGUGUAAAUGAGGUUGAUUACAAUCUGUACCCAGAUCGGUCCUUGCAGCUCCAGUGGUUACGGUCUUAUCUAGAGGCCUACAAGGAAUGCAAAGGCUUUUCAGGAGAUGUUUCUGAGAAAGAAGUGGAGGUUCUCUAUGUACAAGUCAAUCAGUUUGCUCUGGCCUCGCACUUUUUCUGGGGUCUCUGGGCUUUGAUUCAAGCAAAAUAUUCCAGAAUUGACUUUGACUUCCUGGGAUACGCCAUAGUGCGGCUCAGCCAAUACUUUAAAAUGAAAUCGGAAGUGAUGGCGUUGACCCUUCCCGAAUAACGUGAGAAGAGAAAGCAGAGAGCGUUCAUUAAGCUACACAUGACAUGGCACUUCGAGGACUCUCCUGGGACCAGUCUGUUGUCCUGGACCUUGCUCCACAUUCUUCUAUUGCCUUUUUAGACAAAGCCUUUAAUAUCAGAUUUAACUUGUAAGAAAACAACCCAGAGGCUUUUUAUUUAAUAUUUUUAUGUAUGUUAUUUAUAGUGUUGAUUCCAAUUGGUCUUCAGAUCGUUGUGUAUCGUUUACGUCUAACCAAACCCCCCCCCCCUUUUUUUUUUUUUUUUUUUUUUUUUUUUUCUUUCUUUUUUCUUCUCUCACAGUGCUGAUGUCAGAAUCGUACUUUCUGAUAACAUUUGUCUGUGGUGCAUCACAUGUGCUCUCUCCCCCUCACUGGAUACUGUUUUUGGGGUGGUCUGGCCUCCCUGCGUACUCACUACAUGAAACUUCAAUGUGAAUCUGCGCUAAUGAUGCUCGAUGGUACAUUUUGUCCUGGUAACUGGAAGUAUUCAGUACCUCGUAGCUUCUAUGAGCCAGCAGAAGAUGAUAGUGUUCUAUACUUGGCACCAGUGGGCAUGGCUGAUAUGAUUCGGCCACUGUAUCGCUGUUCAAUUUUUAGACGCACUUUAGAGAUGGAAGUGCCCACAAGGACGUACGUGGUCUGUCUGUGAAAAAGCACCUUUUUACGGUGUACCUAAUACAUUCAAAAGUCUCUAUUUUGUGUCUGAUCUGCUCUGCCCCCCUCCUUCCACCUUGUAGCAUAUAGAUGGUAAUUGAGGGUGGGCCCGAGUUUCUAAAUUGCCUUGAAAUGUAUAUAUGUAAUAUAGUCGCAGGGAACCUAGUGAGAUGCUAUUAUAAUUGAUUUGUUCUUGGAUGUAAUUGCUAUGAAUUGUAUGAGCUUUGUUGUAUCAUGUCCUUUUUAUCUGCUGUCCUGUGUGGCAUUUUAUGGUGAUUGUUUUCUCACUUGUCUUUCUACAUCUUGGGAGCAAAUGUUUAAUGCUGAUCGAGUGCACAGACUAGACCAAAAAUGUCCAUGCUGAAUCGCACACAAGUUCUACUGUAUGGCCGAAAGUCUGUGUACCCCUUACCAUCACACCUAUGAGUGUGUUGGACAUUCCACUCAAAGGUCAUUGAUAUGUGGUUGCCCCCGUUUGUGGAUGUAACCGCCCCCACCCUUCUGAGAAAGCUUUCCCCUCAGGUUUUGGAGUGCCUGUUGGAAUUUGUGCCCAUCUGUGAGGUCAGGUACUGAUGUUGAAAGAGAAAAAUCUGUCUCGCAGUCGGUCUUCCAACUCAUGUAAAGGUGUUUGUUAGGAUUGAGGUCAGGGUUCUGUGCAGGCCACUCCAGUUCUUCCCCCCCCCCCCCCCACCAAACUGGUCAAACCAUGUUUUAUGGAGCUGGCUUUGUGCACAGGGUCAUUAUAAUGCUGGAAGAGAAUGAGUCCUUCCCCAAACUGUUAUUACAGGUAUUCAUAUAGUGCUCUCAAGGAGCUUAAAAUAGAAGGUCCCUAUCUCAUUUACAAAAGAAGGGCCAGUUUAGACAGGAGCCAAAUAACCUACCAGUAUGUCUUUGGAGAGUGUGAGGAAAUUGCCAAGCACAGGGAGAACAUGAAAACUACACGCAGGUGUUGUCCUAGCCAGGGUUUGAACUAAAGACCCCCCCCCCAGUGCUGCAAGGCAGAACUGCUAUGCUACUGUGCUGCCCACCUGAUACCACAAAGGUUGGAAAUGCACAAUUGUCUUUGUAUGCUGUAGUAUUCGCAGUACUCGUAACUGGAAACACCGGCACUCAUUAAGGUAGGUUCACAUACUUUUGGCUAUAUAGUGUGUUUCAGUGCCCUUAUUUCAGGGUGUGUGUGUGUGGCUACUGUGUGAGUCUCGUAUUGUCUGACACCGGGAAGCUGGAACCUCGGUCCUCCCCACCAUCACUCGGUGUGCGGCACGUGUAUGUGCGUUUUUUAUUGUACCGUAGACAGAAUCCAAACACUGCUAAAUAAGCGGCAUUGCACUGGGCCAAUUUUUUUAUUUCUUUUUGCAUUAAUAUGGCUGACAGGCUUGUAGCUCUUUGACUUACAGGAUUGGGAAAUUUGUGCAAAUAAAACUCCCAGCAUUCCCAGCCAGCAUCUAGGAUCUAUUGGUCCUCUGCAGCCUCCCAGUCCUGGCUUCAUUGAAGCAAAUUUGUGUUUUCCGGUGUCACCGCUGAUGAAAUUUUCUUUAGUGAGAAAUGUUUUGCUUUGUUGUAAUGGGCUAUCUGAUAGGAGCUACCUCCCUAACUUCUCAAAAUCUGUUUACUUAUUGUUAGGGUGUCAUUGCCUUUUUUUUCCCUUUCACUAACGUUAUUUUGAAAACUGUAAAUAAGAAAUUUGUUUGUUUUUCUGAAGAGGUGUGCUUUGUACAAUAAUGGGCCAUUGGGGCCCGCUCUGUAAAGAGGACCUGUGUAAAGCAUAUUGUUCUGGCACAUGUAGCAUAUUGUACAUACACAGCCAGUGUAAAUGACCUUUGUAAAUUUUAGAAUGGAUUGUACACCAUCGGGUCUGCUUUGUAUAAGCCGCUGUGGUGAUGCCAGAUUCUACCUGGCCCCCUCCAUAGCCCGUUUCCUGCAAACUUGUUGUUGAAUUGUCAGAUUAUAUGUUAUGUUGUCAGUACUUACCAAGGAGCCUCGUCUUAACCAAAAGAUUUCAUGAAAUCGGAUCAUUUUUACUGAUGAAAGCACUUUACUUAUUGUUCUACGCUCGGCAAUAAGUGACAGAAAUUCUCCUAACGUGGCUGUGUGACGGUGACGCUUGGGAGGGUGAAAAAAACAGAACUGUGAAAUCUAUCUACACCUGUACAUUUCUCUGACUGAUCCGAAAUAAAGAGAGAACUCUA